UCCGCGUCAAGUGGGCCCGCCCCUCAGCUGCGGGCGGAAGAGGUCGGCCCCGCCGCAGAGAAGCGCUCCCGGAGGCGAGUGGGCGGGGCUUCGUGCCCGGAUGAAAGAUGGCCGCCGCCGCUCGGCCGCCACCGCCCCGGGGGUUGCUAUAAGGCCUGCAGCUUCUGCCCGAUCCCGCGCGCGGCCGCUUCCUCCUUACCAUGAAGCCAGUGAGUCGCCGCACCCUGGACUGGAUUUAUUCGGUGUUGCUCUUUGCGAUCGUAUUACUCUCCUGGGGAUACGUCAUCUAUGCUUCAACUGUAGCCGCACGCCGACAGCUAAGGAAGGAAUACCCAGACAAAAUCUUCGAAAUGAGUGAAAACUUGUAAUUCUUUGUAAAUACAGUUCAUUAUCUCAUGCUUACCUGACAUCUAUUACAUUUAAAAGUAAAAUGCAUAAUACAGCGUUUCCAAAUUUAUUUUUGCAUACAAUCUUUUGUAAUAGCCACGAAUGCACUCGUUUUUUCAAACACGUGAAGUUGUCUUUUGCAUUCUCAAAACAGAAGCCAGCAACCUAGUUCCACGACCUUUGAGUAUCAAGUCAUGGAUAGAAUAACAUGCUUUUCGAUCCUAGAGUUUCUAAAAUGCUUUUUAAAAAUUCCACAGCUUUCUUUAAAACAGGUGUGUGGAAUUUCUGUUCUAUUUGUAUACUGCUACAUUUCAUUCCCUGGGUACCUUCACAUCAGACCAGAGUUAAGUACUGUAUAAGAAAGAAAUCCAUCAUGACUGCUCUUCUACAUCUUGUUUAACUAGUCAAGAGUGACCAGAAAAGUAGCUGAUACCUUUUUUUUUAACAUGUCCAGGUUUUACUUAAUAGUUAAAUAAUUCAGAAUCUCAAAUUGUACAAUGUUUGUGAAUAAACAGACAGCAUACAUAUAAGAGUAAACUUUAUUAAGUUACAUUUCCAGAUAUGUAUUUAGUAGAUACGAUACAGCAACAAACUUGGGCUUGUUAAGCCUUUGAAAUUAUUCAGCACUCUUCAAUGAUGUUGGUCAGGAAAUUUUUUCAUUGGUGGAAUUACUUCUCCAGUCUCCAGAAUUGUAUCACCCUAGGGAAACGAAAAUAAGGUGUUAAUAGAAAAAUCUUUCCUGUAGAAGUGGUAGUUACACUUGGUUAGCUCUCACAUGGAAAAAUCUAUUUCAGCUCUGGCGUUUACCCUUUAAAAGGACCUUAGGCAAAGUAGAAGCAAAUGACCAGAAAGAACACGAAAGUUUUGUCUUUACAAAAAUGAUUAACAGAUAAUUUCUAAAAAUUUUACAUUGUCCCAAUAAAUAGAAGCAGCCCUAGGAAAAAGCUGCAAGGAGACAUCUUCAGUUCCAUAUAAGGUGGUAAUGUAUUCCUAGCAACUGAAUGUCUGAGGUUCUCUCUCCUGUUUGGCACAGAUACUAGAGGCAGAAAGCAAACUGUGGCUGGGCAGUUGAUUCAGGUGUCUUCUCAAACCUAGGUAGUGUGUGGAGUAGGAACGGCCAAAACCCAGUGGUGAGAAUCUUGAAAUCUCAACUCAAGAAACUAUAAUUUUAGGCAAAUUCCUUUAGUUUCAGCCUUGUGUUCAAGAAGCGGAUUCUGUCAGCCUGACCGGGUAGAGCAGAAUCUCUAUCACUACCCCUGCUAUUCCCUGACCUGGUACUGUUCAGAACUGUUAGCUAAUGAAAAAAUAAACUUUUUAAUAUGUUUAUCCCAUUUUAUAUUUUGGGGACAAUUUGUUACCACAAUUAACAUUACCUUAGUGCAGAAAAUGGUAACCUUAAGUGGUCCUGAUAUUUUACUAUAAUAGAUGAACCACAUGGCACUUAGCAGCAGGGACACUUUUAGCUUGGAAGCUAAAAGAUGAAACAAAUGCCAGUAAUAACUGGGAAGCAGACUGUCAAAUUAAAGUUCUAGGAGAAGUAACUGGAAAAAACUUAUACUAUGUGUUAGACUAUUACUGACUUGGAGGGAAUGUACUUAAAGAAACAUGAACUCAGGCAAUAAGUGGCUGAUAUGAAAAGAGAAAAAUGGAGAAAAUCCAAAAACUCAGGACCUUACAGUAUUGAAAAUAAGAUUGCUUUUGAAUCUCUAAACAAGAGUUAACAUUGAGGAUGCUCUCAGAAACAGAAUCCCAAUAAAACUCAGUAAACAAAGGAACUCAGACCUAUGGAAAAGAUCAGAUUGAAGUGAAGGAAGCCUGUGAACUAGUCUGUUUCAGAUGGCUUCACAGAGCUGCCUCUGAUUUGAAAGAGACAUUUGCAUGUGGACAAAAGAAUUGAGAGAACUUGGUAACUAAAUAAAAGGCACAGAUAGUGGCUUGUAGGACUGACUGGAAGCAAAUUAGACUUCUACUGGAUAUUGUUUUCAUGCCUACCAAGUGUGUGAACUAGAUGGUCAAAGAAAUCAAACAUAGACAACAAAAAUCUGAUUGUUUGAACUCAAAACAACCUCUAUCAUUCAACCUUCUGUGAAUAAGAGGCAGAUUUUGAAGGCCUACAACCCUAAAGAGGACCUAUUUCCAAGACUCAUUUCAGAUGUGAUCUAGGUUGACAACAAAAAAGGACGGACCCCUGGCCAAGAACAAUGAAUAAAAUGUUACCUUCCAGAAAAAAAAAUCAGUACCCAUUCAAGUAACUUCCCAUACACAAGAUUUAGGAGUCUUUAUAAAGUUUGACCAGUGGAUUUCAGCAUCACUAAAACCAGUGAUUGGAAGCUUCUCAAAGGAAUCAAUGACACAAAAAACAGGAAAGAACAAUGGCAAAAAAAAAAAAAAAAUAAUAAUACACAAGUAGGACAAAUGCUAUAGAAUCACUAUAGUCUUCUGAAGAGAGCUCUCCUUUGAACAGUAACGGCAGAAUUAAAAAAUAAUAAACAUAUGACGGGAAAAUAAAUAAAUUACCCAACUGGGGAAACCAGCAAAGUUAAUUUCCUAUUUUUAGACUACCUAGGCUCUAACCCACACAUAUAUAUCUAUAUAUACAGUGAAAUAUAGAAGAAAUCCCCUACUAUUUCCUAAAACAGACUUCCAGCUGGAAGGGUAACCCAGUUUUGAUGGUUCUCCCUAAAAUGCCCUUCUGUUGCAGAAGACAAUGGGUUAUUGGGAUUAUAUCAUCUUGAAGCAAGAACUAACACUGUUUUGUAAGAUUAUAAAACCUAGAGAUUGAUAAUAGAACUGUAACUAGAUACAGGACAAGAACUGACAUUCAUUUUAUUAUACUCAACAAUUAUCUUAGUGAAUAAUCUCUUAAUGCUGAAAAGACUCACUAUAAAUUAGGAAACUGGCCUACAUAUUUGUAAUAUAAAAUCUAAAGCACACAUUAAUAGAAUUUAAAUCCACAAAUACAGGGAGUUACGGUUUGCCUCAUUUGAAAAUUAAGCAAAAAGCCAUAGGAAAUGAUCGUUUGAAAUAACAGGAAUUCAGCUGCUGUUUUUAAGCUUAGGUCUCUGUUCUAGCUACUGUCCUAUGUCCUUAACUUUACACGAACCAGGGAAGCACUGAACAACUGUCUGUAUCUUCAAUUCACUUUCGGACUACAAAAGUCAUAGAACAAGUUUUACAACUAGAUUGAAACGUACCCUCCCAUUUUUCAAUUGCUAACUCACACUAUUCCUGUUGUAUUUUUAUAAGAGGUUACAAGACAGACACUGGAAGACAAGAAGAAAGUGACAUUUUAGUUGAAUGAAAACUUGGAGAAGGGAAGGAAAGAAAAAUAAUGACCAAAAGGAAAAUCAGAAGUUUUAAAACUUACUGGGAAUAUUCUGGGCUUCCUUUCAACAAUGGCAUAUGGUUUUGUCUGCAAUAAAAGUAAUGCUGUUAAUUGUGGUUGUAGAGCUCCUCCUGAAAAUAAAUAAUGAUAUCCCAAAUUUUAACAUAAGCCCCAUAUUUUCAGCAAACUCCAGACUCUUAUUUAAUUAUUUGCUCAAGAUCUAUACUUGGCUACCAAAUCUCAAAUGAGAUUUUUCCCUACUUACAAAGGCCAAAAACCUUGACUCCUCAGCUGAUCCUCCUGGUUCUACCUGGAGCUAUAU